ACUACCUGUUGGGCCUCUAGGGCUUUCCGCGCGGGCGACUCGGCGCACGUCAAAAUGUUACGGUAUAUUCGACCCGCGCGAACCCUACUGCACCAUAUAAAGCGCCUCGGGAUCGGCGAUCGUUAAGACUGUAGUUUUUCACCAUCUAGAAAAUCUGGAGUGGCGAGUCCCCGCUUCUACGGUAGUCAUGAAGCGACUGCAACAGGAGCACUCAUGAUGAAGAGGCUCAAGGGGAACAACGAACCGUGCGCCAAAGAGUAGGAGCUGAUGCCCCUUGAUCAGUCAGGAAGGUGAAAAACGAACGCUAAGACCCACUCGACAAAAUUGUGAAGAGACACAGGGAUCAGUCAGACAAUGGCAAUGGUGUCAUACCCCAUUUACGGAUGAAAACAUGUUAGAAACGCUGCAACUAGAACAUGUUGCCACUCGUCUAGCACACGGUAUGGUCCAAGGUUGGUUCAUUCGUUGCUUAUAUCAUUGUACUAUUAGUGUCAUGAAUAUGAAUUAAAUAUUGUCCGCUCGUUAUUAUGACUACAUAGCACUCUCGACGGCAGAAGCAACCGUAUCUUGUUCUAGUGGCCAGCAGUCCUCUCCGAAAUUGUUCUGGGGACCAGCAGUCUUUGAUUAGGAGCAACAGUCUUUCACAGUUUUAGACGUUUGCUACGAGACUCUAGCAAGUAACAAGAGUCUUCAUCUUGUAGUAUGGGCCAUUCUCGUGUGUUGGGAGGCGCUUCCUUCAUCUGAAUUCUCCGAAGAGGAGCGUGAGCGGGAGGAAGAUGAUAUCUGGGUCAGAGACGGCGACGAGAUCAGCCAGUUUUAAGGCAGGAAAAGCUAUGCUCGUCUAGUUGAAACCGAAUGUUGAUUAUAGUCCCUGUGCUAGUUCUUUAUCUUUUGAUGAUGGUGAUUCCUAUAUCAUACUGCUUACAUCACCAUCAGUUACACUACCUAUGAUGAAGCAGAGAGAAAAAGUCUUCGCACUGUAUCGGUUGUUUGAAUCAUAAUCCUUAGGAUACCAGGCUUCUAAUAACAGUGCUGCGAACUUGUUGUUGUAUCUGAUCAUACUGUAGCAGCUUUUUCUUGGGAGCCAGAGCCUAAUUGUCAGUUAUUCUAAGGUCGGAACAAACUUCAGCAGAUAGUGGCAAACGCGCUGAGAGCGCGAGUAUCAAGACGUCGAGAACGCGAAGCAAACUGGUUUGAGUGUCAAGAAUCGGAUUCCAACGGAGGCCCACAGUAUGGCUCCAGAAGUUUUUUUCCUUCCAUCUCUGUAUUGGAUCAUCUUCCUGGCAGUUUUUUGCAACCUACUUAGCCCCAGCCAGACUGCAUCGAGAGUGAUGCAUUCUUCGAAGUGUUUUUUCAGAUGGGUCUCCAGGAUGAUCCACUCGUCUGAAUGGAAGAAAUUACAUCCUUCAUUUGCAAAGUGCUGGAGACGGUUUUGGGAGUCCACCGGGACGCAGCUCGUUAUGUGAUCGAAGUAGUUUUAGGCCGUCGUUACUUUAUAACAACCCUGGGUCCAGCAACCAAAAUGCUAGUCUUACUUUUGGUACAUAGCAUGUUCGCAAAUCGGCAGUGCUCGUUAGACUUAAGUGGGUUUCCUGAGUAGUAAAAGAUGUAAAUGGGAUGAUAAAACAGCAAGAAGAUGUAGAUCGAAUGACAUGAAAAGCUUCGACCUUGUUCCAGACCGUCGAUGUAGAAUGUAACUCAUCAAUGUGUUAAAAAGUAGGGAAAUUCAUGUGCUUCAGCAGAACAAGGCAGUGCCGCGACAGGUGCCGAUGGUGCAAGUCAGCGUCUGGGCCUGGGCAUAUGCGGUUUCGCAGGACGACGUCCGGGUCUUUUAUACACUAAGGCUCUAAGCACAACCACAAGUUUUAUCCUCGUUUAUCAUAGACCUAGACGUCAAAAAGUUUUAGUUUACUAGACUUGAGCGGGCGGUAGCACUCCUCCCACUAGGAUCGUCCACCCCUGGCACGCACUUCCUCAACCCCGGCGGGAUUCCGUUUCUCCGGCUCUUCCCCCGCCCGCCAACCGUCUGGCGGCGUUGAUCGUUGGAAGAAGAGCUGGGCGGGGGACGGCGUGCGGCCAUUGAUUAAAAAGGCACAGACUGAAGUCGUUGGCCUGUCGGUGUGCUCUUCUUUUGGUAGCUAUAAAAUUUAGAAACUUCUGGGCAUCGCCGUGAAUUUUUGAAAAGUUGGAACUUUUUGGGUGCAAAUUGUAAAAGUUUUGACUUUAUCGCGUAGGCUUUAAAUUUAGCGCCCAUCUGCGCGAGGUCAGAGCUAACCAACUCCCGAACCAUUUUCAACUUUUUGGGUUCAAAUUGUAAAGGUUUUGACUCUAUCGCGUAGGGUUUAGAUUUCGUGCCCAUCUGCGCGAGGUCAGGGCUAACCAGUUCCCGAGCCAGUUUGGAAAGUUUGGAAGGCUUGGAAAGUUUGCGAGUUUGUGAGCUCGUGAGCCAGAAGUGGAAGAGUUUGGGCACGGAAGUUGAAGGUUGAGAGUUUGGCGGGGUCGGUGUUGUUCUUGAGUUUAGCUCUUUGAUAUUUAGAAAGUAACUGCGUAAUUUUCCUCCGUCUUAAUCCGUGCAGUCAAUAAUCGGCGUUAAUUUGAGGUCCUGGUCUAUUUAAUUCUCAUUGUAUCUCUUGCGUAUGGGUUUUCUUGCUGGACUUAGCUAUCAGGUCUAAAUGUCUAGACUAUCUCUCAGUCGUUGUGCUAGUCCAUGAGGACUUAUCAUGAGGAUAGCAAAGGAACACCUAUAUCUCAUUCUUGAAGGGGACAAAAAGCUCGAAGUCAAUAUAUUGCACGAACUGCUAGACUUCUAUUGAUUCAACAGGGUCUACACUAUUUUCAUCGUGUAGUAUUCUAAGUAUGACGGAAUAACCGAACCACGGGAACUGGCGCAGUCAACUGACACUGGGUACUGUGAUCUCCGUGCAACCUCACUCUUUAUUUUCGGAGACCGUUGCAUCGGAGUUGCAGUUACCGUAGCUCUUGCUUCCACGCAUGGUAUUGCUGUAGUAUGAUCAUUUGAUGAUGUUAUCGUAGCGGCAUCGCUACCUAAGUUUUGAUGUCAAUAAUAGCGGCAGAAGAUUUAUAAUCAAAACUAAGCACCACAACCACUCUUACAUGUGCUUUCAAGUUUUUUAGUAGAUAUUUUCGAUGUACUAACUACCAUGGGAAUUCGAAAGUCACCAGGACGUGCUGUCUACUGUUGUUCUUGGGCACUUUAGUUUAUCUUCUUCAGAGUACAUGCGCUGACUUGUCGACCAGAAAAAGCAGCCUUCUAGUAAGAUGCUUCCUAGGUGGUGACUAAGUACAGUUAUAUUAGGGGCAUCAACGUGAGAUUCUAGGAAGACUAGGAAAUGCUCUAUCGACAGCUCUUCUCGAUGGGCGUGCCUCUGCGCUUGGAAAACGAUAUGCGGCGAAAGUAGGUCUUUUUUUUGAUUGCGGAUGGGCGUCCACGAGCGAUCUCGUCUCGUUGAGGUAUAACGCAGUUCACCCGAGCAAAACAAAAUCUCUGUCUAUGGAAACAAGAUUUGUAGACAUCAGCUUUCGAAGAUGUUGUAAGUACGAUCAACGUGCAUCAAUGAAAUUAGAACCGCGCUAUAAAGACAUUUUACUCCUCGCACAUGAUCGAUUUCGGGGAGAUCGAAUACUUAAAUGUAGCCGCGACGACCUUUUUAAAUCUACAAGGAAGUGGUCGCGAUCGUGAUUACAAGACGAGGUCUUGUUGCAAUCACUUCUAAGGAUGUCACUCCUUAUUAUCCGGCGCGGCUUGUUGAGUUUUGGGUGGGCCCAGAGACCGAUACACACCCCUACGACGGGAGACUACAUAUCGGGCCUGCACCCCUGGCAAAUUCUGUAGCGGCAUGUGGGGUGGCGACAUUUCAAGCUUCACUGCUGUUCCGCUUACGCGGGAGCGCAGAACACUUAAGACCAGUUUCAUAGAAAAUCUUCGUUGCGAAAUAUGUCCGACACUCGAAAAACAAGCUACGAUAAAAGAGAGAGAGGAGAUAGCAACUACUCAGUGAUGCCUUCAUCGAAUUAUAUAGGUAGUAGUAGUACUGUAUAGCGAGUCCUUCUUGUUUCAUUUGAAGCUUCGUCGGCGGACCCUCGUAUGCGUUUCCCCCCGAUGGCACCGAUGCAGAAUUACCUGCUGCAGCAGUCUCUGAAGGAAGUAACGCUGACUUAAGUUGAGCGAGAUAUGAUUAGAAGGCUUUGCUGAAUCGAACUAAGUAAAGAUAACUUCGAGCUUGAUGUAGACUGGUAGUACUUCUCCUACGGAUGUGAAUGAAUGAACUAGAUGUGAUUCAUCAAUGUUGCAGCUAGCUCCUUUGAUUGUUCGUUACGCGAGAAGCUAUGGGCUCUAACAAAUGUUCGCAAGAACAGGCGCGACGGAGCAGGGAGAUGAUCCCUCUAUGUUCUGGGCGCGCACGGCACAAGGAAUUUCUACCGUGAAUGCAUUGUUAUGCUUCUAGUAUUGGAUGCAUAUGUAGUAUACGAUGCUUAGAAAGUAAUGUCAUCCUCCGGUUAGUUUUUACCUCUAGAGAUUUAGCCCUUCCAACAAGGUAAUGCCAUCCUUUUAACGUCUCGGUCGGACUAGAAUGUGAGACAUGGCUUUCGCAUUCAAUUUGCCGUACUUGAAACUUCUUGAAAAUUAUGGUAGAGAACUGUGGAAUGUACUUAUUGCUCAUGAUACCAUGAUUAAUUGAAAUUUAUUUCAUUACUGUAUGUGCCUCUCUUCUGUUUCAUAUGCCGAUCUUUACCACGUUCUUGAGCAGGUUCGCACCGUACUCGCAAAGACGGCGAUAAAGGACGACUUUGCCGAGAUGACACAAGUUGAGCCUGCUGCGCCCAGCGACGAAAGUCAAAAAUCUCUGGUGAUUCGGCCAAUCGUAUUCGAGACGCACAAAGACUGCGCGGAUAGCUCAUUUUUGCAGUACCACACCCUGCUUUAUGGCGGCCCCUGAUGAAACCGCUUACUGAAUGCGACGAUGAUUUGUGAAUUGAAGCGUCCACAACGUUUCAGCAGUUUUGAUUUUUUUUUUCUUGUAAGAGAUCGAGAUAUUUAUAUCAAUAAUUUUUCAAAGCAAUUGGUUCGACUUCGGUUUUGAAUGAUUAUGUUCAUGAAGAUAAUCUAUUCACCGGAAUAACAUGUAUCUAUGCUACGACUAUAUGUGAAUGUGCAUGCUGUACCGACGCGAAGGGUACUAGCUCCCCAGGUAGUCACAAGAUUCAUACUUCGGAUUGGGUUGCACACGAGAAACCGGUCUUCUUCUUUCGCAAUCGUGUCACGGCUGUUACACAGGGAAUGUGCAGCGUCCCAGCUUGUUUCGACGGAGAGCGAGCAAUCUUCUCGUCACCUCAAGUUAAGUCGGACCGUCUGUUCAUGAAAUAUAUUCUACUAGUCGGCUGUUUUGCCCUCGUUACAUCGGAAGUACUCAUCGGGUCACGCCUUUGUCUAAUCGGCAACAGCUUCGACACGCAGCGGGUGCUGCAGCCCCUGGGGGUUUCUUUGCCAAGGAGAAUGGUGGAUUACUUGCAGCAAUGCAGGGUGCACCUGCGGCGGGCAAGAUGGACGCCCAGGAGCCUGACACGAAUUCGAUGAACGCAGCUGAAAACCUACUCUUAUGUCAAAAUUGAUAGGUUUACUUGGCGAUUGGAAAAGGUUCCUUUGUUAUCGCCCUGUUUGUUCUUGGAAGAAAU